AAGUAGUUAAAGCGGUUGAAGUCAUGGUCUGAGGAAGAACUCUUAUUUAUUUUUCUCGUAACAGUAACAGGCAUCAACAAUGGCUUCCCAACACCCAAACCCGAAAACUCCGAUCUACCCGGAAGUGAUUCAAUCAAACCCCGAAGCCCCCUCAAACCCUAAGUCUUCCUCCUCCUCCAAUCUCUACCCCUCCAUUGACAUGCGAGACCUCGUCGAAAACCUCUUUCCCGUUGAACCCCAAAAUCCUAACCCUAACAGCCACGAAUACCCCUCGGCCCCGCCCGAGGCUACCGAGGAGGUUUUGAUCAAGGUCCCUGGCGCUAUUCUCAACCUCGUAGACAAGCACUACAGCGUCGAGCUGGCCUGCGGCGACCUUAACGUUGUACGUAUACGGCAGGGGGUCAACGCCGUUGUCGUCCUCGCACGCGUCGCCGACGAGAUCCAAUGGCCGUUGGCCAAGGACGAGGCCGCCGUCAAGCUCGACGACUCGCAUUACUUUUUCUCGUUCCGCGUGCCCAAGGAGCACCACUCUGGGUCUGAUUCGAGCGACGAGGAAGACAAUCGAGAUAGGAAUGACUCCGAUGAUUUCUUGAGUUACGGAUUGACGAUCGCUUCCAAGGGGCAAGAGGGUCUGAUUAGAGAGCUGGACGGAAUUUUGCAGAAUUACAGUUGCUUCUCAGUGCAGAAGGUUUCCAAGAAUGCGAAUAUUAAGAAGGGCGAAGCAUUGGACGGGUCAGUGGCAAAGGAGAUUUCUCCGGCGGAUUUGAAGUCGGAGAAGAAGGAUCUCAUGGAGAAGCAGUGCGCCGCGUACUGGACGACGCUAGCUCCGAAUGUGGAGGACUACAAUGGGAUGGCCGCGAAGAUUAUUGCUGCGGGUUCAGGAAAGCUGAUCAAGGGGAUAUUGUGGUGCGGGGAUGUUACGGUGGAGAGAUUGAAGUUUGGAAAUGAGGUCAUGAAGAAAAGGUUGUCUCCGUGUUCCAAUUCGGAGAUUGAUCCCAAAACCUUAAAGCGGAUUAGAAGGGUUAAGAGGGUGACUAAAAUGACGGAGAAAGUUGCAAAUGGAGUCCUCUCUGGUGUUGUUAAAAUCUCUGGAUUUCUUACAGGUUCAGUUGCAAAUUCGAAAGUGGGCAAGAAAAUUUUUAACCUACUGCCUGGGGAGAUUGUUCUUGCAUCCCUAGAUGGAUUUAGCAAAGUCUGCGAUGCUGUUGAAGUAGCUGGAAAAAGUGUCAUGUCAACAUCAUCCACUGUGACAACUGAACUCGUAUCCCAGAGGUAUGGGGAACAAGCAGCUCAUGCAACAAGCGAAGGGCUUGAUGCUGCAGGCCAUGCUAUGGGCACUGCGUGGGCUGCUUUUAAGAUCCGAAAGGCAUUCAACCCUAAAAGUGUUCUUAAACCUACCACUUUGGCCAAAUCGGCUGCUAAAGCUGCAGCAGCAGCAGAGAAGAAGGCCAAGAAGUCCAAGUAAUUUUCCGAUGGGAAAUAUCCCAAGUGUAAUGGAGGUUUCUCCAUAUACAAAGUAUAGCCUGUUCUCCUAUUCUUCUUCCACAUCUUCUUGUAUAAAGCAUCAUGUAAUUCAAUGUUGUUGCAUGUUAGCCAAUAUAAAGGGUGUGCAUAUUAAACCAAAUUGUAUUUUUUAUUCGUCUGUUUUUUCAUGUACAAAGACAAA